ACAACGUGGAUCUUGUGUCUCCUCCACAGCUUCUUCCUCCUCUUCUGUCUCUCACCUGGGACCCGGACGUGUGGGACAGACAUGGCCGUCCACAACAGCUCCAUGCAGGUCAACAGGGACCUGCUGGACCCGAGCUUCGAGUCCUACCGGUUGUCCCUGGACGCCAUCCCGUCCUACAACGUGGAGCUGGACACCGCUGUGGGGGAAGUGAAGCUGAAGGAUGCUCACUACACCCUGGCACACAUGCGUGCCUUUGGCAUGUACAAUUACCUGCACUUAGACCCUUGGUAUGAAGACAGCGUGUUGUUUGUGGACUGCAAAGGACGAGUUCUCAGUCUCACUGUCACUCUGGACACUGCCCUGGGGAAGCCGAGAGAAGUCUUCUGUACGACCCCCGAGUCCAGCGAGUGUGAGGAUCGUGUCUGCUCCUCCCUCAGCUUCACCUCCGCCACCUGGGUCGCUCUCUCUGAUGGCGCCGGCCGACUCUACCUCCUCCGCAGCGGCAAGAGAGGAGAAGGCUCCAAUUCCAAGUGGGAACCCAUGUUCAGUGAAGACCUGGGGGAACCUUUCACCGUCCUCCACAGUGUCUCACACGUCCAGGCUGGACUCCACACCAUGGAGGUCCUGCUGCUCCGCAUCCCGGUGGACCUGGAGGACCCCAAGGGAAGUGGCUUCAUGGUGUCUCUGGAGUGGCUCACGGUCUCCAACACUGCAGCACAGGGUCAGGAGAAGAAGUAUGAGGUGAGGAAGAGGAGGGUCCUCCGGGGGAAGACGGUGCCUCACUACGCGGCGGUGGCGCCCCAGGGGAGGGGCCUGGUGGUGGCCUCGGACAAACCGUUCGUCCUCACGCACGUGGACGGUUGUGCCGUGGAGCCGAUCGAAGCGGCGCCCCCGGAGAGGACAGAUCCCAUUUACUUCUGGCAGCAGACAGGCGAGGACCUCACGGUGUGUGUGCGGACGCCCGAGGGCCUCACCAAAGAGGAAGUGCAGUUCCAGCUGACGCCAGACAACAUCAGCAUCGGGGUCCGGGGUUUCCCUCCUCUACUGCAGGGCCAGAUGUUUGCAUCUGUCGACCCUGAAGCCAGCGCCUGGAUCAUCAAAGAAGACAGAAGCCUGGAGGUGACCCUGCAGAAAGGCAGCGAGGGACCCAUGUGGCCGGAGCUGGUGAUGGGGGACGGUCGAGGGGAGUACGUGGUGAGUGAGGAGCAGGCCGCCCUCAUCCACGAGAGACUGACCCACCUCACCUCCGAGACCCUGAACGGAAACCCUGAGGUGGACAAGCCCCCUUGUAACAACCAGGAACUGGAGGAUUGUGAUGUGGUCCCAGAAGACAGCUCCAGCCUCACACACUUUGACGCAGAAUCGCUGAAGCCCACUCAGGUGGUGAAUCUAGGCAGCAACCAGUACCUGUUCACCGUGGACGUGAACCCCUCGGAGAUGCCGUGUCUGUGCCUGCGACACGACGUGGACGCUCUGCUGUGGCAGCCGCGCCCGGACCGGCCCGACCACAUGUGGGAGCACAUCGCCACGUUCAACGCUCUGGGCUACGUUCAGGCGUCCAAGCGGGAGAAGAAGUUUGCGACCUGCGCUCCAGACUUCUCCUACGCUUCCCUGUGCGAGUGUCUGCGCCGGGCGCUGAUCUACCGCCAGCCGGCGCCCGUGGACACGGUGCUCUUCAACCGGAAGCAGGGUCGGCAGAUAGGACAGGUUGCCAAGCAACAGGUGGCCAGCCUGGACUCGGACAAACCCAUCCUGGGAUUCAGGGCGACCAAUGAGAGACUGUUCGUCCUGACCGCCGCUAACCUCUUUGUGCUAAAGGUCAAUAAUAAUUAGAUUCUGUUGUUUUUCAUCUCAUUACGCUCUUAAAGUCGCAUCAUUCCAAACUGGAGAGGUUUAGAUCUGCGACAACUGAAAAACAAAACCUCCUUAUUUGUAAACUUGUUCUUCAUCUGUCAGCGAUGAGAUCGUUCUUCCACAUGUUUUACGCUUUAAUGAAUUUGCUGAAAUCCAGUGUAUUAAAACUGUACGACUGUAUAAAUGCCUCUUUAAGGAAAAGCUGUGUGUGUUGCAGUCUUCAUCAGCAGGUGUAGUGAUGUGUGAGGUUGUGCGUGUGGAGGACAUUCCACUCAUUUCCAUAAACUUGAUCACAAAUCAAA